AUGGAGAGUGUGGGAAACGUUCGUAGUCUGACCAUAAACAAGUGUAACCUGUCGGACGACGCAGCGUACGAGUGUGUGGUGGACGACGAGAAGUGCUUCACUGAGCUCUUCGUCAAAGAGCCCCCGGUGACCAUCACGAAGCUGCUGGACGAUGUUCACACUGUGGUCGGAGAGAAGGUGGAGUUUGAGGUGGAGGUGUCUGAGGAGGGAGCUAACGUCAAGUGGAUGAAAGACGGAGUGGAGCUGAGCAAGGAAACGGCUGGGUCAAAGUACAGGUUUAAGAAAGACGGAAAGAGACACAUCCUGAUCAUCAAUGAAGCCACGAAGGAAGACAUCGGCACGUACCACGCCUUAACCAACGGAGGGGAGUCUAAGGCAGAGCUGGAGGUCGAAGAGGCAGAGCUGCAGGUCCUCCAGAGCAUCGCGGACCUCACGGUGAAGUCCUCGGAGCAGGCUGUGUUCAGGUGUGAAGUUUCAGACGAGAAAGUGACUGGAAAGUGGUUCAAAGAUGGAGUGGAGGUGCAGCCCAGCAACCGCAUCAAGAUAUCACACAUCGGCAGGGUGCACAAGCUCACCAUCGAUGACGUGAAACCCGGUGACGCUGGCGAUUACACUUUUGUACCCGAUGGACACGCGCUCACGCUCUCAGCCAAACUCAACUUCUUAGAAAUCAAGAUUGAGUACAAACCGAGACAAGAUCCUCCAAAGAUCCACCUGGACACGAGCAGCGGAGGAAACAAGAACUCCAUCACUGUUGUGGCCGGAAACAAGCUGAGGCUGGACGUGGAGAUCAGCGGAGAGCCGGAGCCCACCGUCUGCUGGAAGAGGGGCGAGGAGGUGAUCUCGGAGGCUGAGGGCAGAGUGCGUGUGGAGAAGAAGAAGGGGCUGUGCAGUUUCGUGAUAGAGGAAGCGAAGAAGAGCGACGAGGGGCCGUACGCCAUCACGGUGACCAACCCGGCCGGAGAGGACCACGCCGAGCUCUUCGUCAAGGUCGUGGAUGUGCCUGAGCCUCCAGAGAACGUGCGUUGUUCUUCAGUGGGGGAGGACUUUGCUGUGAUCACAUGGGACGCCCCUCCGUACGAUGGAGGGGUCCCUAUUAAAGGUUAUCUGAUGGAGAGGAAGAAAGUGGGCUCCUCGCGUUGGACCAAACUCAACUUUGAUGUUUUUGAAUCGACAACGUACGAGGCCAAGAAGAUGAUUGACGGCGUUCUGUACGAGAUGAGAGUGUACGCCGUCAACGGGAUCGGGGUCUCCGAGCCCAGCGCCACCUCCAAACCCUUCAUGCCCAUCGCCCCCACCAGUGAGCCGACUCGUCUGCAGGUGGAUGACGUCACUGACACCACCUGUGCUCUGAAGUGGCGCCAACCGGAGAAGAUCGGAGCAGGAGGCAUCCAGGGGUACAUCAUCGAGUACUGCGUGGAAGGAACGGACCAGUGGGUGCAGGCGAACGAGGUCCCAGUGGAGAAGACCCAGUACCGGGUGAAGGGGCUUCCCGUGGGGGAGAAGAUGCUGUUUCGCGUGGUGGCCGUGAACCUGGCGGGACGCAGCCCUCCGGCCGUCCUGGGCCAGGCCGUCACCAUCAGGGAGAUCGUGGAGACGCCAAAGAUCCGUGUGCCUCGUCAUCUUCGCUCCAAACUCAUCACUCGAGUCGGAGAGAAGGUCAACAUCGUCAUCCCCUUCCAGGGUAAGCCUCGUCCUGUGGUGACCUGGUUCAAAAAUGGAGUCCCUCUGGAGGACCGGUCUGUGGGGAUCAGGACCAGUGAGGUAGACUCCAUCCUCUUCAUCCGCACGGCUGCGAGAGAGCACUCCGGGAUCUACACCCUCAACGUGAAGAUCGAAAACAUGGAAGACAGCGCUGACAUUCACAUCCAGGUCGUAGAUCUACCAGGCCCCCCGGUGGCCAUACAUGUCACUGACGUCUGGGGCUUUAACGCGGCUCUCGAGUGGAAACCUCCCAAAGACGACGGAAACUGUGAGAUCCUCGGAUACACAGUGCAGAAAGCAGAUAUGAAGACUAAGGAGUGGUUCACUGUGUAUGAGCACAACCGCAGACCCAGCUGUACAGUGUCAGACCUGGUGAUGGGAAACGAGUAUUCCUUCAGAAUCUACAGUGAGAACAUCUGCGGACUGAGCGAGGAACCGGGGGUCAGCAAGAACACGGCCGUCAUCACCAAAUCAGAUUUGGAGUUCAACCCUCGUCCGUUCAGAGAGAAGGACAUGAGCCACUCGCCCAAGUUCACAGCGCCCCUAGUGGACAGGACUGUUGUGGCAGGCUACACCACGGCCAUCAGCUGCGCCGUACGCGGACAUCCCCGGCCAAAGAUCGUGUGGAUGAAAAACAACAUGAUUAUCGGGGAGGACCCAAAGUUCCUGAUGCAGAAUAACCAGGGGGUCCUGACUCUGAGGAUCCGUAAACCGAGUCUGUUCGACGGGGGGAGGUACGCCUGCCGCGCCAUCAACGAACUGGGCCAGGACGAGGUCGAGUGCAAGUUGGAGGUCAAAGUUGUUCAAGAGAAGGAAGAAGUGAAAGCAAAAUGAGUCUUCGAGCAUCAACACCUCUCGGAUCCUGAUUAAAAACAAAAACUGCAGCUUAAAUAAAUAAAACCUGUUUGCUUUAAAGGUGCACGGUGUAAUUUUUUUGGUUGGGGGUCCGUCACCUGCUUGUUUCCGUGGAUAUGUCAUUUCUGUGCCUGAAAUGUUCCACAUUGUGACAUUAAACAGAUUAUAGGUGUUUUUUAUAGCUCAAAAAUACCAAAAUAGCACCUGUAAAUUGCUCAGGUUUGGUUUCUGUAAAGAUAGAAAGGUUUAACACCAUUCUGUGAAACAUUCCGGACAAAGCGAUAACAUCUCCACGGAAAAAAAGGAUCCGACGGCCCCUCCGCCAGAAAAGUUACACAGUGCGCCUUUAAGAAUAACAUUGA